AUGUUUGCAAACAAGCCCAAAAUUACAAGUGAUUCUGAAUCGCAUAUGAAUUUAUCGUUAGGAAGCUUUCGGCAGCAGAACGGGAGCAAAGAGAAAAAUCAUCAUGGAAAUUACAAUAAUCUACACGACAUUACCACCACUAAUCCCUUUCAUUUUUAUACGAAUCCAAAGUGGUAUGAAUCAUAUUUUGAUCCGAUAAUCCCGAGAAAUGUUACAGCAUUAGUCGGAAAAUCGGCAUAUUUAAGUUGUAGAGUAAAAAAUUUAGGAAAUAAAACUAUUUCGUGGAUACGACACCGAGAUUUACAUAUUUUAACUGUUGGAACGUACACAUACACGACUGAUCAACGUUUUACAACGACACAUCAUAAAGAGACAGACGAAUGGACUCUACAAAUCAAAUUUGCUCAAAAACGAGAUGUUGGGUUCUAUGAUUGUCAGAUAUCUACACAACCCGUCAAAAGUUAUUCUGUUCGUCUCAAUUUAGUCACUCCGACAGCAUCUAUUCUAGGUGGGCCAGAUUUUUACGUUCAAAAAGGUUCAACAAUCAACCUAACAUGCACAAUACGACUAGCACCAGAUGAAUCGCCAGCAUUUAUCUUUUGGUAUCAUGAAGAUGAGGUGAUAAAUUAUGACAGUCGAGGAGGCAUCUCAAUUGAAACACGAAAGGGUGAUUUAACAACAUCACAUCUCCUGAUACAGAAUGCUGAUGAAACAAAUUCGGGCAAGUACAGUUGCUCACCAUCAAAUGCCAUUGUGGCAAGCAUACGAGUUCACGUUUUAAAUGGCGAACAUCCGGAAGCAAUGCACAGUAGAUGUACAUCAGUAGUUCAACAACAAAAUUUAUACGUAAAGAAUUCUCUUCUGAUAGUUUUAUUACUAAUGUUAAUAUCACAUACAGCAAAAAGAAUAAAUCUAUAAAUUUGUUUUUGUGAACAAUUUUUACUUUUCUCUCGACUUUUUCUACAAUUUUUAUUUUUCUCUUCUUUUUGCUGUGUCGUUGAUUAAUUGACUUGAGACUUGUAUAGAAAAAUUUUACGAAAUGAAAUAAUGAAGAAAAAUAUUUUUUAUGUUUUUUUGUUCGUUCGCCCUUCUUUCCAUACCAAUGAGGAAAACUAAAAGAAUAAAUCAAGGAUUUGACACUUUGGAAUUAUCUCCGAUUAAUCUUCUUUGUUUUUUUCAUUGUCGAUUGAAAAUCAUAAAUUUAAAUUUUAUUGCCAUCAAUAUUGUUAAGUUUGUCAUAGAUUGAAGUCGAGUUGGUUGUCUUGAAACGCUUCGAAACGAUUCGAACAAAAUAAAACUGACUUUAUUUAAUUAUUUUCGAAUUGGAUCAGCUUUUUGAGUCAGCUGCAAUAAAGAAAGAUCGCCUAUAAUCAACAAAAAGCUAGAUCUGAGAUUGAAAAUUCAAGAAUUAUUAAGCUCUGAGCUAGAUUUCUGUAGAUCUAGUCGAGUCUAGUCGAGUCAAGUUGAGUCGAUUUAUGAGCCCAUGAAUAGACCAUAGAUAUUGAUAAAUUACAAUGAAUUCAAAAGCAAUGAUUACAAUCAUAAAAUUUAUAUAAAACCCCACCCGAGCCACCAAUGAAUCAAAAAGUUUUAAAAUUGUGAUAAUUCUGCUGUUAGACAGUUUUUAAUAAUUAUGAACUCAAAGUUAAAAACAAUUAUAGUAAUUUUUUAAAAAAAAAAUUCUAAAGUUUUUGCAAAUUAAUUCUAUUGGUAGUGUCCAUUCAUUUGCUUUUGAAACUUAACAAAUCAUUUCAUUAAAAAAAUUAAACAUUAAGUUUAAUCAUACCAGCGGUGCAGUGAAAGAAGGAUUCUAACAUUUCAGAUCGUUCUUCCGCAUAAUAAAAAAAUUUAAUUUUAUAAAUAAUAAGUGUAAUUUGAAAUCGAUAGUAAGUUAUUGAUACUGAGAACGUUUAGAUUCUGAAAUCUCGAGUCCUCCUCUGACUACACCACUUGGAUCAAAUUGUUUUGAAAGCUUUUGUCGUUUUAAAAAGUUUUCAAACGUUACAAAAUAAAUAAUUCUAAGUGUCUUAUCCUCUGAUUAAAACUCAAUAUCCAUGUUGAACAAGAAAAAUUAUAACAAACAAAAAAAGAAUUAUAAUACACGAGAAGCAAAGAAGUUUUUAAUUUUUUUUUAUUCCUCCUUUUCACCCUCUUCAUUAAAUGGCUGAGAUGAUGAAGAAUAUAAAAAAAACUUUCUAUGAAGAAGAUGGAAAACUGUAGUUAUGUUAGAUAUUAAGAAGACGAAGAAGUGAGAAAAAUAAUAUUCUUGUAAAUAAUAAAUUGUAAAAAAAAAACUAAUAAGAAGAAAGAAGCUCCAUUAU